UUACAUUAAUCUGUAACAUUAAAUAUUAAUGGCGGAAUCGUUUGUGUAAAGCCGGUUACGCGUUAUUUUUGCAAAAAAUAGAAUAUUGUGAAACUCUAGAUUAUUUGUAACUUUUUAAUAAUAACGAAAUAUAUUUCGAAAAUGGUCGCGGCUAAAAGAGGUCGAGGCGGCGCCCAGAAAAAAAAUGCUAAUGCUAAUGAGGACGUAAGUCAGGUCCAGUCCCAGGCAGAAGCGAUUGCAUCCAUUGAGGAGGAAAAUAAUGGGGAAGCACAACCAGAAAAUCAAGAAGAGAUUGCUGGUGAGGAAGCUGUUGAGCAGUUAGAAGGUUCAGAUCAGGUGGGAGCUGAUGCAGAACAGGAGACCUCUGAGGAUGCAAAGCCAGAAGAGCCAAAGGAAGAAAAAGUAGAAACGGGUAAACUUCUAGUUGAGAACCUACCCUCCAGUUAUUUGUUUGACUAUCAAGACAAACUAAAGGAGUUGUUCUCAAAACAUGGAGAAAUCAACAGUGUAAAACGUGGUCCGAUCAUUGUAACUGAAUUGACCACAACUCCAACAUUAUCGGCUAUUGUCGAAUUCAAAAACAAAGAGUCUCUGGAAAAGGCACUUACACAAGAUGGCUCAGUGAUAGAGGGUAAUGCCAUCUCAGUGGCUAUAGAGUCAUCAGCUGAGACAGCAGUUCUGGUAGGAGUGCCAUAUGAGGCCUCUACCGACUAUGUAAAACUGCUGUUUAGUCAGUGCGGUGAAGUUGCGCAUAUACAUGAGUUCAGCAAGACAAAGUUCAAAAUCUUGCGCGUGACGUUCCACUCAAAGGAGAGUGUGGAGCGAGCGUUGAAGCUGGAUAGGGAGUUGCGGCUUAACGGGUUCCUCGUCACUGUCUCACGCUACCGCGAUGAUGACGAACAGAAGGCCCACGCUAACGCCAAUAAGGGUAAUAAGCGUCAACACGGUGGUCGUAAUAACACGAGCAGUAGCAGCGGCACAAGUCCGGCCCCACCCGCCACACGCAAUAACUCCUUCCGCUCCAGAGGAGGAGCUGCCCCUUUCAACCCUAGGGGGAACUUUAGAGGUGGAGCUCGCGGUCGUGGAUUCGCAGGUCGCGGUGGAGCUUACCCGCGCGGCGGUUUCGCCCCCGUCAACUCGUACCUGCCCCCGCAGCCUUACAUGGCACGUCCGAGUUACAUGUAGUCUUGUGAAGAAUUACCCAGCAGGGAGCCUUCAUGGACGGACAGCGGCCGAACAAGCGACUCCGACAGAUGUAAUAUAGUUGUGUGCGUGAGGACGGACUACAGUGCGUGUGUGUGUGUGUUGACGGAUAAAUCUAGCCAAUUGUAUUUACUAAGUACACAGAUAAAUUUAAUUUUAUUGUCUUUUGACAGCUAAUAAAUGAUAAUAUCAA